AUGACUGGUGAUAAGGGCAACAGAGCAGAGAGAGAGUUGGAGAAAUUUUUAGAACGGGCAGAAAAGAAGUGGUGUAUAAAUUUGAAUGAGAAGAUAACAGCAAGGAAGGGAACAAGACCAAUACUACCAGAGAGGAGAAAAGAAAGAACUAGGACGUUGAGUGAAAGUAGUAGCAGCAGCAGUGAUAGUAGUGACAGUGAAGAAAGUAGUGAGGAAGAAAUGGAGUUAAAGAAAGAGUUAGAGUUAAGUGAUGAUGAGUUUGAGAGUUUCCAGGAAGAAAGUUAUUUAAAAAAAGUGAAAAUGUACGAGUUAGAUGAAUAUGAAAAGAAGAAAGAUGAACAGAAAAGAAAAAUUGAUCAAGAAAAGGAAAACGAAUUGAAAAAGAAAGGUUGGAGAGGGGAAAAACAAAAGGAGGGUUGA